GUAGAAGGCGCAUGUGCUGAUUUAUUUGCAGAACAAGGUCUCAUGUGCUUCUGAAGAAAGAAAUAGCAUGGCAGCUACAGAAGCCCAUAAAGUGCUUGUUUACGGAGGAAAAGGGGCUCUAGGAUCUGCAUGUGUGCAGUACUUCAGAGCUAAAAACUGGUGGGUUGCCUCUAUAGAUCUCAAUGCCAAUGAAGAAGCCAGUGCCAACGUUACAGUGAAGAUGACUGAAUCCUUCACUGAGCAAGCCAGCCAGGUGACAGCUGAUGUCGGUGAGCUGUUAGGUGAAGAUAAGGUUGAUGCCAUCUUGUGUGUGGCUGGAGGUUGGGCAGGCGGCAGUGCCAAGGCUAAAACUCUGUAUAAGAAUGCUGAUCUGAUGUGGAAGCAGAGUAUGUGGACCUCCACGAUUUGCAGUCACCUAGCAACCAAACACCUGAGAGAGGGGGGGCUGCUCACACUGGCAGGGGCUAAAGCAGCACUGGGUCCAACAGCAGGAUGCAUUGGUUAUGGUAUGGCAAAGGCAGCGGUACAUCAGUUGUGUCAGAGUCUGAGCGGGCCAAAUAGUGGUCUUCCUCCUGGUUCUGCUGCAGUAGCAAUACUUCCAGUGACUUUAGAUACACCCAUGAAUAGAAAGUUCAUGCCAGAUGGUGAUGUUAGUUCCUGGACACCACUCGAGUACGUAACAGAGCUGUUCUAUAAGUGGACAACGGGAGAGAAUAGACCUCCUUCAGGUACUUUGAUGCAGCUGGUUACUGCAGAUGGAAAAACGGAGGCUACACCGGUGUUAUGAUUAAUAUGAUGCAUGGUAAUCAAAUUCCUUUAAACCAAGCCAAUAAUCCACUACUGUUUGUGCAUUAGUGAUGCUUUUUAUACUAUUGCCUUCUUGUUUACAUGUAAACAUCCAAAUACUGUAAGUUGUAGUUAUUAAAAAUAAGAUAAUUGCAUAAAAAUGUCAAAGAUUAUGUUUUGUAAGUGUGAUGGCAAAAAUAGCAAUGAAAAUGUUAUUCUGAUUCAUUUAGCUUCUUUUUUUCCCUCUCAGUCAACUAUCCUUGUUACAGUCACAGUCUGCUUCUCACCAUAGGGGGGCGCUGAUGAUUAAUUUAAUUACAGGUUCUCCUUUGGGUCCACACAGUCAAAAAAGUAAUUAUGUUAUGAUCAGGCUAGAAUAGUGAGUCAGCAUUUAAAAAGUUCUUUACUAAGCAAUGCAGGGUUUUUUUUUUGUUUUUUUUUGUGAGGAUCAGGUAUUUAUUUAGAGGUACUAAUGUAUUGCCUUUUUUCUCUUUAUAAACUGGCUUUUAUUGGAACAAAGUACAAGAAUAAAUGGUUCAUUAAAUUAAGUUUAAUUUCGUGUAAUUUAGAUGAAAUGGAAAAAUGAUAAUGGGUUCCUUAGCUAUUACAAAAGAGCUGCACUUGAUGUUAAAAAGAAUUACCCAUUAAACUCAUAAUGAGUUUAUUUCGCAGAAAUUAUUUAAUUGAAUUUUUACGUGGCAACCAUAGAAAAUAAUAAUUGGUAAAAACUUUUUAUAAUUUUGACAUUUUCAAAACGAAUCACAUUCUCUCCUAUCUAAUAAUUAGGACUGAGACAAAACCACAUCACAAAUGUUGUCUAGGGAGAAACCUUGACACAAAUGAGAUUUACAGAGAUGCUGCCGCCUUGUUAGCUUGCAUAAUGUAUCAUGUCACUUGAGAAUGCUAUUUCAGGAAAGCAUUUAUUGUGGUCUUUGAAUUUAGGGUGCACCUUUCUCUGUAAAUCUAUACUAAACAUCCAGAUGAGUGUUGAGAGGUGUUGUUUUGCUGCCUGGAAAGUCAAGAUGUCCUAAUUGGUGUCCAAAAAUGGGAAAUUCUAUCAUUUAGUUCAGUUCAGUUUCAAACCCAUAUUUAUACUGUGUUUUAUGGAGCACAAAAAAAGAUUUAACGAAAUGUUCAUGUUGCCCUUUUCUAUUAAAAGCGAAUGGUGAUCUAGGGAUUAAGCUUCAAAAAUGACAAAAAGCACAAAGUACCACAAAUGUAAAAAAUGUAUGCAUAAAUAAAAAGUGAAAGUAC